CUUCCCUAAAACCCUAGCUGGCAGCUCUAGUCUUGCGUCCCUUCCGCCAUGGGAAGUAGGAGGAGCGCAGCAGCAGGAAGAGGAGGAGGAGGAGGACGUCACAAACCCUCGAGACUCUCUCCCCAAAACCCUCACUCUUCUCAAUCCAAUCCUCGCUUCAAGAAGCAGAAGCAGAAGAAGCAGAGGAAGAAGAAGAAGGAGACCGGCCAGGAUGUCGACGCCCACCGCGAAGAACCGAUGCCGAGCGGCGAGAACGCGGCGGGGCAGCCGCCGGCAUCGGCUUCGGAGCAGCUCGGCUUCUUUCUCGCUCAGUACCAGUCGGCCAACGGCGUCCAUCUCUCCUCUCUCGAGCUGGAUUCCAUCGGAGACACAUGCAUUCUGGAGUUAUCUCAGGGCCCUGAACUAGAUGUUGAUAGCCCGGGGAAACAGAUAAAGGCGGCUUUUGGCCCCUCGUGGAAGGGAGUGCUCUAUGAGGGAACUCUUGAGCAAGGAAAAAUUGAUCCAGGAAGUCCAGCUAUCAUCGCCAUCACGGCAUCUGCCAUAAGAACGAUAGAGCUUCUAAGGGGCUUUAGGUCACUAACUAGGGUGUGUCAUCCAGCCAAAUUGUUCUCAAAGCAUAUAAAAGUAGAGGAACAGGUUGCCAUGUUAAAAAACCGUGUCAAUAUCGCGUGUGGUACUCCAAACAGAAUAAAGAAACUAAUUGACAUUGAAGCAUUGGGGCUUUCUCGGUUAUCAGUAAUAUUGCUGGACAUGCACACUGACGUGAAGGGCUAUUCCCUUUUAACACUUCCACAAGUCAGAGACGAAUUCUGGGAUUUGUAUAAGAACUACUUCCAUGAACGGGUAGUCAAAGGAAAUCUGCAAAUCUGCCUCUUUGGUCCAGUAAACAUCACGAAUGAAAUAAAGGGUAAAAGUAGAGUCCACGAUAAAUAGGCAGCUACUUGUAAAGCGGCAAAGUGUAAACAUUGUAUACCAUUUCUUUGCAAUCUAAAUUUUGUUGAGUUCA